AACUGCGCGCUUGCUGGUUGCCAGGAUUUGAGCAGGGAGUUUUGGUUUUGUUUCUCGAUCUGAUGCGAAAAGCUCUGCGAUUUCGUGCCGCUUGGAUUCGCUUCUUUCUUAUCUAAAUCUCCUUGCUUCAAAGAUUUUGAAAAGGGUGAAGCUUUGGUUGUUUACCAUACAAGGCCACGGGGUUCUUGACAUUGGCAGGGCUUGGGCAGAAUCCAAACACGCCCUUUGUUCAAUUCAAAGGCACUGAGGCACAAAAACGAAUGAAAAAUAAACAUCACAUCCUCGCUCUCAAGGUGUACAACCUUUUCUUCUCGUGAAAGCAAUGCUAAUAAAAGCUUGAUAUGAGGUGUACCCGAGAACUUUGAACAAGUCUACGAGACUUGUGUGGAGAUAUUUGUUGCGUAAGUAGGAAGACCUGCCUGGUCAACACUUGAAAGCGUCCCUUGAAGCCCUAGAUCCUGUGUGCUCCAUCUAUUUCAAAAUCUUUUAAUAGUGCACAAUCAUAUCGCUAGACUGUAUGGGAACUGUAAAAUUGUGCUUAUCCUCGAGAAGGACAACAUAAUUCCAAGACCCUGAUGAUGGCGACAGCUGGUUAUAUUGAUGAUUCCUGUUCUGAGAUUAUUGAUCCCCCAAAGACUGAGGUACUGGAUGUUACUGAACUCACUGACGACCAUAUUCAGCAGCCACCAAAACCAAAUGUGGUGGUGUCUAGCAGUGUGCGCGAUCUUCUGGAAUGUCCAGUCUGCUUGAGUGCCAUGUAUCCUCCUAUUCAUCAGUGCUCUAAUGGUCAUACAUUGUGCUCGGGAUGCAAACCAAGGGUUCAUAAUCGCUGUCCAACUUGUAGGCAUGAACUGGGUAACAUAAGAUGCCUUGCUCUCGAGAAGGUGGCUGCAUCUCUUGAACUUCCAUGCAAGUACCAGAGCUUUGGGUGCUCAGGCAUAUAUCCUUACUACAGCAAGCUGAAGCAUGAGUCUCAGUGCCAAUAUAGGCCUUAUAGCUGUCCAUAUGCUGGAUCUGAAUGCACAGUUGCUGGUGACAUUCCGUACUUGGUAAAUCACUUGAAAGAUGACCACAAAGUUGACAUGCACAAUGGCUGCACCUUCAACCAUCGCUAUGUCAAGCCAAAUCCUCAUGAAGUCGAGAAUGCCACCUGGAUGCUUACGGUGUUUAGCUGCUUUGGCCAAUACUUCUGCCUACACUUUGAAGCCUUUCAGCUUGGCAUGGCACCUGUCUACAUUGCCUUCCUGAGAUUCCUGGGAGAUGAUGCAGAAGCAAAGAACUACAGCUACAGCCUGGAGGUGGGAGGCACCGGGCGCAAGAUGAUCUGGCAAGGGGUGCCACGGAGCAUCAGAGACAGCCACCGUAAGGUCCGUGACAGCUAUGACGGGCUGAUCAUCCAGCGGAACAUGGCUCUGUUUUUCUCGGGAGGGGACAGGAAGGAGCUCAAGCUGCGGGUCACUGGGAGAAUCUGGAAGGAGCAGUAGGAUAAUCAGGUAGCCCUCUUCGUGCUGUCCUGACCACCUGAGGUCACAAAUCACAUUAGCAAGAGCUGUAGCCGCAUGCAGGAACCGACGUUUGGUAUUUUUAUAGCAUGCUCUAGUUUGCUUUUGUCUUUUGGCUUCUGUAGCCUGGUGCCGGUGGAUGUAGCAUCUCAUGUAAACCAGGACGGUACUGAUGUAGAAUUGGUAGAGAUCUCUUCGACUUGAACUGUCUAGGAGCUGCCAUUCUGUGGUAUAGGAGAAUCUAAUGGUAACUCAUGAGAUGCGUAUGAUAUAUGUGCUUCUGGAGUUAAAUGUUAGAAAGGAUCCCUUCUGGAGUGCUGA